AUGCCAUUAAAUGCAGGACUGUGGUCUUUCAUGGACUACCCUCAAAAUUACAUUCAUGAACUGGGCGUGAGAGAGGCAAUAUAUGAGGACUCAUUUGAAAGUCCAGAUAUGGAAAAAGCAAUUCAUGGUGUUGCCAUGCCCAGAAGCUAUCUUGAACUGACCCUGAAUCCUAAGGAUAAUGAAAUAGAUUAUAUAAAUGCAACCAAUUUUAAUUGUGACAUAAUUCUGAACCCUGAUUUAUCAACGUUUCGAAUUCUACCCUGGACAGAGCAGACUGCUAGAGUGAUAUGUGAUUCUUUCACUGUACUGGGCAACCCUCUAAUGACCUCACCUAGGCACAUUGCCAAGAAGCAGCUGAGAGAGCUUCAGGACAACGGCUUCUCUCUACACUCUGCCUUCACUUAUGAAUUUUGUAUUUAUGGCAUUACUGAGGUUGUAAAUUCGAAGACAAUAUCCUUUCCUGCAGCAACGAUACUAAAUAACCAUGACCAGACAUUCAUUCAGGAGCUCAUUGAAGGAAUGUAUUGUACUGGGGCCAACAUUGAAAGCUUUUCUUCUUCUAGUGGGCCUGGACAAAUGGAGAUCACUUUUCAUCCAGCAUUUGGCAUAGAUGCUGCUGACAGUGCCUUCACCUUUAGAACAGGCAUUAAAGAGGUGGCUAAGAAGUAUAGCUACAUAGCUAGCUUUUUCUCGGAAUCGGGAUUCUAUAAUUCAGGGGCUCUCUCACAUAGUCUAUGGGAUCUGAAUGGGCAGAAGAAUUUGUUUUCUGCUGGUUAUGGAGCCGAGGAGCUCACAGAUAUUGGAAAAAAUUGGCUAUCUGGUCUCUUGGCACACUCAGCAGCUAUUAGCUGCUUGAUGGCUCCUACCACCAGCUGCCGUAAGCCUUAUUCAAAAUACAGCAAAGAAUCGAAAGAGACUGUAAGUGCAAAAUGGGCAUAUAACGAUAACAGCUGUGCCUUUAAUGUCAAAUGUCAUGGUGGAAAAGGUACUCACAUAGAGAAUAAAUUAAGUUCUGCUACAGCAAACCCCUACUUGGUACUUGCAGCUACUAUUGCUGCAGGUCUAGAUGGAGUAAAGAGGGGACUUAGGUAUGAUGAUACAUCCCAGGAAGAAAACCACAUAUCUGAUCUGAAACCUUCAUCCGUCCCUCUGAAGCUAGAAGAUGCUCUUGUGGCACUUGAGAAAGAUUCAUGCAUUAAGGAAGCAUUAGGUGAAACUUUCAUCAGUUAUUUCAUUGCCAUGAAACAUUAUGAGUUAGAAACUGAAGAAAUGGAUAGUGAAAGGAAUAAAUGCCUAGGGUACUUUAUUUAGAGGGAGCACUCUUCUGUACUGAUGCUGUGUAAACGCAUAUACUGUAGACAAAUAUUUUGAAAUUAGUAAAUAUAUUUUAAAAUGUUUUAAUGCUUUAUUUAUUGCAUUUCCUUCUUUGUAUAGUAAAUAGCAAUUUCAUUUAUAGUCUGUACAUUCUGCAAAGUAGAAAACUGAUAUUCAUGAAAAAAUAUUGACAGGCUUUUAGAAUACUAGUUUUCAUUUUAAGUGAACAGGCCUGCUGGUAGAAAGAAGAAAAGAGAAGGUGAAAUGGAAAAGAGCUUCUAUUUUGCUUCACAAAAAGCUCUUCGGGGGGCUCUGUGAACGUAUUUAUUUACCAAGUCCUGUCUUCUAUUUCUGGUUGUUUCUCAGUCUUCACAAGAUCUUGGCAGAAAAAAAUAAAAAAUACUUUCUUUGCUCAUAA